AUGGCCUGGGACGGAUGGCGCUGGGCGCUCCUGCUGCUGGUGCCGCUGGGGGUGCUUGCGCUGAACCACCUUGUGUUGCCGCUGGUAGCGCGCGCACUGCUGCGUGGGCGCCUAUCGUUUUCGUGCGCGAGCCUGCUCAGGGGCAUCCAUGAGCUCGUCUACACGCGGCGCGGGGAGACGGCGCCGGCGCUGCGCGUGCGCCGCAUCUCGCUCGCGCUGCACCUGCCGCGCUUUGUGGGCAGCGACGGGCAGAGCAGGGUGCGCCUAAUCACGGUGUGUGUCGACGGGCUGGACGUGCGCGCGCCGACGCGCACGACGCACGCCGCCGAGCAGGCGGCGGCCCAGGCGGCGGCCGCCGACAAGGCCGAGGCCGCGAAGCAGUACAUAGCACACGAGGCGCAUCUCGUGCGGCUCAUGCGCGAGUCGGACGAGCCGCAGUCGACGGAGCAGGACCGCGCGCUCACGCUCCGCCGCUUCCUCGAGUGCCGCGCCAAGGCACUCGCGCACAAGAGCAAGAGCGCCGCCGGCGUCCUUGCGCAGCACGCAUUCACGCUCCUCACCGCGUUCGUCGCGCUCGAGGUGCGCGACAUUGAGGCAACGGUGCCGGACCUCGAUAUGCACCUCGCCGUGGACCGCGUCACGCUCAACGGCUCGGCACACCUCACGUACCGCCGCCGCGCCUCGCAGGUGCUCGCAGGGAUCGCGAGCCUGCGCCCGGACCAGCGCGUCUCGGACGGAUUCCACGACACGCCGAGCGGCGCGGCACGCAAGCAGCGCUCGCUCCUCGGACGGCCCCAGGGACACGCACGCGUGGCGCUCGAGGUGAGCGGCGUGCACGUAUCGCGCUCGAGCCACCGCAGCACGACGCUCGCCGCGUCCGAAGGGAGCACGACACUCGCGCUGCAUGUGCGCCUCGGCGAGGCGAUCGCACUCGCAUCCACCGACGUCGACCUCGCCCUGGGCGAGGCGACGCUCUUUGUCGAUGCGCUCCAGAGCCUGCUCGCCGAUCGGCCCAAGACCCCGUCGCGGAAACGGCCGACAAACCGCGGCGCACAGGUGCUCGCGGCCAUCGCCACGCUCGGCAUCCGCGCCGAAGCGGUGCACGCACGCUACUCGCUCCCGAGCGCCGACGCAUACGUCCGCGCAUCCGUGCGCGACAUUGCCUUGAAGCUCGGCACGAGCGACGCGUCAGACGACGUGCACCAGGCCUGGUUCGGCGCAUGCGGUGUCCAGGGGCACAAGACCCUCGACGGGAAGCACCGCGUGCCGAUCCUCCUCGAGGCACGCCGCGUCUUUCGCGCAAAGCUCGACAUUGCCAGCAUCGAGGCGCAUCUGCACGGGCCACACCGCGCACCGCUCGUGCGCGUCGGCUCGGUACAGUCCUGGGCACGCACCUCGGUGACGCCGUGCGGCAUGCUGGCGCUGCGCACCGCCGCGCACGGCGCGCCGGCGUUCUUUUCCAACGACCCCAACGAGCCGGCCGCAGCGCUGUACCUGCGCAUCGCACAGGUGCGUGGCGCGCCGGACCUCGAGGCGCUGCACCUCCUCGGCGCGGCCCUGCCCCGGGGCGCGCCCAAGAAAAAGAGCAGCGUGCAGCGCCCACUGACCAUGCCGCGCCUCGCCGUCGUCGUGCACCUCGACUCGCUGGUGUACAUGGUACACGCGACGAGCGCCUCGCUCCGGCCGCCGGAAAAGUGGGACGAGCCAGGGACCGCGCUGGUCCUCUCGCUGCCUAAGGCGUACUUCUCAAUGCAGGGCUCCUACCACGAGCGCCUCGGCGCGCAGCUCAAGAGCUGGUGCACCGAGACCGCGCAGCCGGGGCGGGAUACCGAGACGGCGCCGCUCGGCGUGCCGGGCAUGCAGGGCUCCGCGCCGUACCUCGCGCCGUAUGCGCGGGUGAGCGAUCCGCAGGCGACGCCCCCGAACCCCGCGCCGUGCCACACGACAGAGCCGGACGAGGUGCCGAAGGAGGUGUACGAGCCGUGCCCGCUCAAGUACCAGGUCGACUGCUCGGCAGGCAUCGACGUCGUCGAGGUGUACCUCAGUGCAGCGCACCCCGGCACGACCGAUCUUCCGCCGCGCGUCGCGCACGACGAUAUCCUGCUCAUUACCACGCUAGAGGCGCUCGUCUCGACACGCACACCAUCGGCCGUUGAUCCAGUAUCCUUCACGCCGACGCUCGACAUGGGCCGCACGCGCUCGCGCGCCUCGCUGUACGUGCACGACGUCGAGGUCGACCUGUGGCAGGCGCAUGUGCUGCAUGCCCUCGGCCAGUUCUGCGCGGCGCUCGGCGGGGCGCCCGCCGCACCGAAAGAGGACGCGCCGGACACGCCGUUCUUCUCGCGCGUGCCGCGCGUCGCGCUGAUGCACGUCGGUAUCGGCUCCUCGAGCUUCUUUUUGGGCAGCUCAGACAAGAACUUUGAGCCGGACACGCGCCGCGGCAUGGGCCUCGUGCUCGGCCAGACGACGAUGGACUAUGCACACCUAUCAAGGCCACCCUACUGGGACACACGCAACGAGGCAUCCAAGGAUGCACGCACCACACUGCGCCUGCCGAAUCACAUCGGCAGCUGCGCGCGCGAGACCGCGCAUGCGUACGGCGCGGGCGCCACCUUCUCGCUCGUGCAGUACGACGCGGCGCUCUACCCGAUCGUCGACAUGGGCGCCGCGCGCUCCAAGGGCAAGCCGCAGCCGGCGGGUAGCGACUCGACGUUUGCCAAGCAGACCGGCAAGCACCGCGUCAGUGUCCCGUCCGAGUACGCGGGCGAGGACGCGACAAGCACCCUGGCCAAACCCCCGCACAAGCACGAUGCGGAGCACGACGUAGAGGGCACGCCGCAAAGCACACCAGGCACGCCGGACGCCGCGCUGGAUACGCCGCCGCGCAGGCUGCCGGGCGACCCGCACGCCAAGGCCGCACCGGUCGACCAGGUCGAGCCGAACCGCCCGGCGGUCCCGGGCUCUCCCCCAUACGUCCCGCUCAAGGACGAAGAGCCGCCCGAGCUGCCGGCGCACGAAGCGCCGACCGAGCCGUCGACGACCGAGUACAUGCCCGGCGCCAUCGCCCGCGCCUCGGUGAACCUGGACCGGAUCCCCGAGACGAUCAACGUCACGAUUGAGCGCCCGCAGACGCCGCCCAAGGAAAAGGCGACGGCGAUCUAUGCGCCGGACCACUGGUCGUUCGACCGCUCGUUCACACCGCUCGUGCGUACGCCGCCGUACGUGCCGCGCAUGCGCCAGCUCGACGCCACAACGCACAUCGUGCACAUUCCCCAGCUGCGCCUCGACGGCGAGUUCCGCCCGCCGGGGCACAGCGCCGACGUCGCGAUGCAGGUCCGCACGCACGGGCCAGUCUCGCUGCGUGUGCGCCUCUUGCACACCUACUGUAUCCUGGUCGCUGUCUCGGGCAUUCUGUCGGUGCUGCCGAAGCGCGACAAGGCGCCGCAGGCCAAGACGCAAAAGCCCAAGGUGCAGAUCGACCUGCACGCGGUCUUGCCCCGCAUGAACCUCACCGCACUGCUCCCCGCAGAGCGCGAGGCGUUUGCAGCGGUGAACGAGCUGGAAGUGCACUUCCGCAACCCCCGCGCGCUGCGUGUAUCGUUCGCGCUCUUGCGCGGCGCGGUGCCGAGCGCGCAGCGUGGCCUGAGCGACAAGUGGGAAGAGGCACUGACCGUGCGCCGCCUCGCCGUGUCAUGGGGCGAGCAGGCCAACGCGCUCGAGACGGUGUUCGUGACGGGCGACUGCCUGCACGCGCGUAUUCCGUACGCGUACAACACGCACCAGCUGAUCGAGGGCUCGAUCGUGGCGUUCAAGGCUUCGAAGCAGCUCUUCUUCCAGCUCGUCAAGGGGUACGAGGGCUCGGCGAUCUAUCCGCAUGCCGAGGCGCCCAAGCGCCUGCCCCCGAUCUCGAUCCGGAUGCGCAUGGCGUGCUUCGAGGCGGCGGACAAUGCGUUCGACUCGCGCCUCGCGCUGAUUUUGCGUGCGGGCGCCGACGAGCAGCUGAUGCGCAUGGAGCGCGGCCGUCUGUUUGACAUGCGCGCACAGACCGAACACGCGGUGCCGACCGACGAGGCACACGAGCGGCUCCUCGCGCUCGACUCGUCGCUGUGGGUGCGCCGCUUCCACAAUGCGCUGCACGAGCGCCAGCGCCGCGAGCGCGAGCUCCUUGCGUACAUCCACAAGCGCGUUUCGGAUCCGGCGGCCGCGUCGCACGACGCCUUGCCGAUCCCGCUCGUGCCGACGCCGGCCGACCCGCCGCUGGCACGCAUGCUCAUGACGCAGCUGUGCGUCGACGUGAGCCGCCCGGCGAGCUACCCGCUGGACAAGACGCACGAGUUCCUGCACGAGCAGGCAGGCAACCCCGUCGAGCUCGAGUACACGACGCUCAUCCCGCUCCAUCUGCGGUGGCGCAUGACCGAGGCGGUGGUGCGUCUGCGCGACUAUCCCGUGCCGCUGCUGCACAUCCCUUCCUGUGUCGGCGGCGAGGACGGGGAAGGGGCCGCCGCGCCGUGCUUUGACGCAGAGGGCGACCUGUGCAUUGCCGAGCAGCUCGGCACGGACGCCUCCGUGCGCCACGUCCCGGUCACGAUCCUGCCCGCGAUCGAGGGACACCGGUCGGUGGAACACGGCCUCUUGGUGCCCAAGAGCGUCAUGUCGCCAAAAAUGUACGGCACGCUUACUGUACACGUCGCGACGACCGCGCCGACACACUUCGCCUGGGGGCAGUCGAUGCAGCCUGCGAUCCAGGACCUGAUCCGCGUCGUGGACUGCAUCACGAGCCCGCCGCACGACCCCUCGCCAAAGCCGGGGCCUUGGGACAAGCUGCCGUUCCAACUGCAAGGGCGCCUGCACCUAUCGUUUGCAGGCGACGUCCGCCUGCACCUCAAGGGCUCGCGCGAUCCUUACCAGGUGUCGGGCAGCGGCGCCGGAUUCGUCCUGGGCUGGGGCAAGCACGUCGAAGUCCGCCUCGGCUUCCCGAACCCGGACCAAGAGUUCCUGCAGGUAAUCAGCGGCGAGCACUUGCUGGCGAUUCCAAACCUUGCGCACGUCGUCGACCCGUACGGCACCGGUCUGCGCGAGAGCGCGCCGUCGGACCGGCAACGGAUGACCACCGUGCUGGCGCGUGCGCCCGUGUGGCCCAUGCCGCCCCUCGCCAAGGUCGUCUGGCGCCUGUCGAACGGCGUGCGGUGGGGUAUGGGCCUUGUGCCGGAGCGCACCUGCACGGACGCGACGUGCAAGCGCGACCCCAAGUGCGAAGGCAUGCCGUUCUACCGCAAGUGUCGCUUCUUUGGCCGCAUCCCGCACUGGAAGGUCAUUACGCGCUCGCGCGAAGGCUUUGAUCGCCUGCCGAAGGAGGAGCAGACGGACUCGUUUGCCGGCUGGCGCUCCGACUUUGUGCACCUGUCCCUGUCGCUCCAAGCGAUCGGCGACGGUGCCGGCGUGCCGCUCGACGAGGACGAAGUGCCUGACCUCGCUGCAGGCAUCAAUGCACUGAACAAUCUGUACAUUACGCCGCUCGCGUGGGACCACUUUUGGGAGUGGAAGAACCUGUUCAACUCGGCGCUCAGUCUCCCGAUCCGGCAAGGCCCCGUGUUCCCCAAGCCUCCCGGCCAAAAGUCGCCCAAGUUUGGGCUGCACCUCGCCACAAUCAAGUACCGCUUCAACCUGUCACCGCUGUGCAUCACACACGUAUACCGCCAGCGCAUGCGCUACGACCUGGCGCAUGGCCUUCGCACAUUUGUCGGCGUCAAGGCGAAGCUCGGUACGUUUUACCUGGACAUGCACCAGCGUCUCCAGGAGACAGUGCACGAGCGCCCUGGCACGGACAAACCGCCGAUCCGCGCGUUCCACAAGCCAUUCUACGAAGCCGAGUCGGACCUCUCGGACCUCGAGCUGUUCUGCCUCGGCGCGCGCUUCAAGGAGCAGUUUGGCUACACGCCCGGCAUCGACGACGACCACGACCAGCGCUUCGAUCUCUUUGGCGAGUUCUUCACCGACUCGACCGAGUCCUCGACUGAAGACACGCUGUACGACCCCGACGACUACGUCGAGCUCGACAAUGUCCCGCUCGAGGACGUGCCGCCGCGCCUGCGCAUCCACCAGGCACUGUCGCUCGCACGCUUCAACUUCCAUCGCCGUGUCGAGUCGCGCCACGACUACAUGCAGCGCCCCAACGCGCCGAAGGAGUCUUAUCAACGCACCACGUCCAAGUUUGGGCACGAGAACACCCACACGUGUCUCAUCGGCUCUUCGCGCAAGGUCAUGGACGAGCACCUGGCCGUUGCGCGCCGCCGCGUGCGCCACAUUGAAGGCGAUAUCGAGUCGGGCAAGGCGAUGCAGGUCGCGUCGGCAGGCAGCGCGCCCCAGACGCGCGAGCGGUACGCGGCGCGUGUCGAGCGCCUCGAAGGGGUCCUUGAGCGCCUGCGUGAUCACUGCAAGCUCAUUGAAGAGCACCGCAAGAACAAGGACAAGCUCGACGACGUUCCCCAAGCCGAGAUCGACUCACUGCACCACGCCAUGGCGACCGGCGAGGGGGCGCCGAACUUGGCGAGCGACACGGUGAAUGCCGAGAUGCGCAAGGAGUGGGAAUCGUUCAACAACCAGCUCCUUGUGUACAACCCGGUGGGUAUUCUUUCGAACCAGACGCGCGACUUGCUCAUGCGCUACUAUACGAGUUCGAAGCUCCACCGCCGCUUCUCGCAGCACCUCAGUGUGUCGGAGCAGCGCGAAAUCCACGAGCUCCUCGAGAAAAAGAUCAAGACGGAAGACGAGGGGGCCGUGCACGAAGAAGAGAGCCAGGAUCCCGUCUCGCUGCUCGGAGAUCUCGUGCACGACACGGUGCGCCUCGCCGAGCAGCACACGGGCCUGCCCCACACCUUCCUCGGCGACUUUGGCGCGGAGAGCUCCAAGGAGCACCAUCCCGCGGAUGCCAUCUCGGAGGAGUACAUCCUCCGCAAAAAGACCAUUUGUCUCUGUGUCCAGCCCCAGCUGGUCCUGCGCAGCAAGGCGAGUCGCAAGGCCACCCUUAUGUUCCACGCAAACCAGCUGCGUGUGCGCAACUAUGCGGUGAGCGACGAGAACUACAUGGACGAUUCCAAGAACCGCAAUGUGCUGCAUCGCAACUACAUCUCGAUGCAGAGCCUGCAGUGCUUCCAUACCCUCCGCGACCUGGACACGGAUGCGGACCGCAAUCUGCGCCGCCUCGCCCUCCCUGCGUCGCUCCUUACGCAGAGCAACACGGAGCAGGCCGAAUUCCAGCGGAUCAUGCGCGAGACGCACGCAUUUGUCCUCUACGACAAGCACAACCAGGGCCGCCUCAACGACCCGACGCGCCCGGUGCUCAUCAAGGACCGCCGCGAUGACCUCUCGGUCGGCUACCUCGAGCACCACAUGGACCUUGUGCGCGUGCUCUGCCCUCGCUUUACGCUCACCGCGACAAACGAGCAGUACUCGGCGAUCUACACAGUGGUCACGGAUCUGAUCCUGCACACCGACCCGAUGUACAAAGAGCACGCCCAAAAACGCGACUCGAUCGUGUACGCGUACAACUUUGACGACCCCGACCUGGUCACGACGCUCAUCUCGACGCUGCAGCUGCGCAUCCACGACCUGCUGAACCUGCGCCGCGUGUACGAGGCGCACUACGACCAGCUCAACGUCAGCGGCCGCACCGAAUACGUCCGCAUCUCUGCAGAGCUCCUCGACCAGUACCUCGAGCUGACGCUCAUCGAAGAGGCGGUGCGCAUGUCGCAUGCAUCCGUGCGCGAUAAGGAGAAGCAGUUUGCCAUGCUCCUCCAGUGCUUUGCCGAGUCGGUCGAGUGGAACAUGAUUGGAAACGUGGACGUGCCCAACGCCGACCCGCUGCUCGCGCGCCUCGUCCUGUCGCGCGCGUCCUUUGCGCGCCUGAGCCUCGCGAACGGCACGUCGACAAACAGUCUGACGCUCGGCGACGUAAACGCACGCAACGCGCACCCCACGGCCUUUUUCGAGGAGAUCAUUGCACGCUACGUGCCCAAGACGCACGAGCACGACAUGGUCAAGCGCGACCUAUUCCUCAGCACCGCGUGGCUCCUCCUGCCUCCCGCGGGCGGUGUCGCGAUUGUCGAUCGCUUCGAGUUCCACCUGCACCCGAUCCGAGUCCAGCUGGAGCUCAAGGUGGGCAAGCAGCUGAUGGACUACCUCUUUGGCACCCACCGUAACAAGCAGGAAGAGGAGCCCGAGGUCGUCGAGGACACGCCCAAGUCCAAGCGCUGGCUCCGCCGCCUCCUUCACCGCCGCAGCAAAGGCGAAUUGCACGAAGAGUCUUCGUCCGAAGACGAGGAUGAAGAGGCCGAGGUCGACACGGCGCUCGAAGGCCUCGGCAUUACCGGCGCACCGACCGGCGACAGCAGCUCGCAGCACACCAACGAACCUCACCGUGCAUUUGCGCUGGCCAACAUUGCACGCAUGUCGCGCUGGGACGACGACGACCAGGACUCGGUCGCGAACAACGAGGCGGUGCGUGCCGAAAUGGCCCGCCGCGCCGCCGCGUACCUCUCGUUUAUCCAGGUGAUCUUCAACAAGCUCACCGUGUGCCUGUCGUACAAGGGCGAUGCGGAGCACUCGCUCACGAACCUUUACGACCUGGAGUUCCAGACGCCCAGGCUCGAGUAUACCAACCUCCUUGGCUCGUACGGCGACUUGGCCGACGCGCUCAAGAAGGACAUGAUCCGCAUCGCAUGGCAGAACCGCAAUACACUCCUGAAGGGCGUCAUUGCGACGAACAACAAGAAGCGCGCCACGCUCAAACGCCUCCGUGCGCACCGCCUGAUGAAGUACGGCGACAGCGCGUCGGAAGUCAAGCGCCAGCUCCAGCUGAUCGGCGAAGAGGGCGUGCACGACCUCGAGCAAAUCGUCGAUGAUCGCCUCGGCGAGAGCCAGGGCGGCAUUACGCACGAAGCGCAGGAUGCUGCGCACAAGAUCGAGGCCAUGCACAAGGGCGACGACGACGAGCAGACGCCGACGCGAGAGGCGCCGCCGCCGCCGCCGCCGAAGCACACGAGCACGAUGCCGCCCCCGUCUGAGCACUCGGGCGCCGCGCCGCCCCUCGUUCCGUCCAUGUACGGCGCGCCGAGCUACCUUGGGCAGGACGUGCGGGACGCCACACCGAAGCCGUCCGCGCCGUCAAGCGCACCAACGCCGACCGUGCGCUCGAGCGCCGCGACGCCACAGUCGCGGCCGGGCACGCCGCAGUCGGCUGCGCCGCGCCUCGACGCGCACGAAGCGCCGCCCUCGCAGACCGGCUCGCCGAGCCGGAGCGAGUCGGGUAAGCGUGGGCGCCUGCGCCGCUUCUUGCACCUUCCUCCAAAGCACUCGUAG